CCUGGCCCGCCCCGUCCCGUCCCGCCCCGCCGCCGCCGCGCUGGCUCCGAGGGGCGCGGCUCUCUGGUUCCCUGGGCCACCGCCAUGUCUCGGAGCCCCCCUGGCAGCUCUGUGGAUGACAAGACCUUACUCCUGGAGUACCGAUGCCACCCCGUGCGGCCGGAGCCCCCCAGCCUGGCCGCUCCCCCCGGGAAGCACAGCUCCUCCAGGGCACCUGAUGCUGCCCCGCUCUCAGCACUGGGCUCUCCCCCCUCGACCGAGCCCCGCCGCAUCAUCCUCAGCACGGAGAGCCCGGCCGCGCUGAAGGUGGGCACCCAGCAGCUCAUCCCCAAAAGCUUGGCCGUCUCCUCCAAGCCCAAGAACAGCCCCUCCCGGCACCAGAGCUUUGCGGCAUCGGGGGUGAGCCGGGAGCCCCUGAGCCCCGACCCGAAGCGGGCAGUCGUCCCCAUCGUGUCCCUGGAGGCGGAGGAUGAGGAGGAUGGCGGAGGGGCCCUCAAGCGCAACCUGAGGAACAUGUCGUACCGCGCAGCCAUGAAGGGCCUGGGCGCGGAGCCGGAGCCGGCGAAGGCCGUGCCCUCGCUGAAGCCCCUGUCAGAGGAGGGCAGUGCCCUGCCCGACCACAGCCCCGGCAGGAACAAGAGAACCCUUGGGCGGAAGCGGGUGCAGAAGCGCGGCGGCUCGUUCAAGGACCAGCCCCGGCUCUAUCAGGAGAUCCGUGAGAGAGGGCUGAACUCUGUCAGCCAUGAGUCAGACGAGGAUCUGCGGGAGGAAUCCAUCCCAGAGGAGCCAUCCCCGCUGGGUGCUGCUAUCGUGGUGCAGAGCUACCGCCCAGCGCAGGUGACCUGGAGCCAGCUCCCAGAGGUGCUGGAAGCAGGCAUCCUGCAGAGGAUCUGUCCUGAGGAGCGCAAGAGGCAGGAGGCAAUGUUUGAGAUCAUCACUUCCGAGUACUCCUACAUGCACAGCCUGAGCAUCCUGGUGGGCCACUUCAUGCAGUCGGAGGAGCUGAGGGAGACGAUGACGCAGACGGAGCAUCACCACCUCUUCUCCAACAUCAGUGACAUCCUGACCGUCAGCACCAGCUUCUUUGAGGACUUAGAGAAGCGCCACCAGGAAAACCUCCUGAUCCCUGACAUCAGUGACAUAGUGGAAGAACACGCCUCAAACCACUUCAAUCCCUACAUCAGUUACUGCUCCAAUGAAGUCUAUCAGCAGAGGACACUGGAUAAGCUGCUAACCACAAACCCCUUAUUUAAAGAGACCCUGAAACAAAUUGAAAGGAAACCAGAGUGUGGAGGCCUGCCAGUGAUCUCAUUUCUCAUUCUCCCUAUGCAGAGGGUAACACGGCUUCCUCUGCUCUUAGAU